CGAAGCAGUUUGUUGUUUGCACGUGCUCCGGCCUGACAACAGCACCAUGGCAGACAGUGCAGCUUUGUACAGCAUCAUUGACAAUGACGUACUAAUCUCCUGCGUGGAAAUACGACCGGAGCUGUGGCAGCCGCGACACAAGGAUCACAAAAAUCGUUUUAAGAAGGCGGUGCUGUGGUCGGAGGUAGCUGCUGUUGUGCUGCCGAAUGUUUCUGGCGCAGAGGUCAUCGUCCAAAAACGUUGGAAAAGUCUUAGGGACAAAUUUCGGAAAGUGACCAAGGUACACAAGGAUUCCAAAAAGAGUGGCGCAGGGGCAGAUGACGCUGAAGAUUCAUUGCCAGACAACGUCUGGCUGUACAGUGAUCAGCUCCGCUUCCUGAAGGACACUGUGGAAGGAAGGGCGACAUCUGGCAACCUCGAUGAUGGCAAGUCAGCCCAAGAAUUAUUUCACACUAUGACUCGGCCACGGAGCAUCACACCACCAGGCAGCCCCGUGCAAGAGAAUGCGGACAUUGAAGAUUUGUUCGCAUUAGAAGAUGACGUGGACGUGUCCCAGCCAUCAACCAGCAGCAGACAAAGCACCACGUUAGAAACCGCUGGACAGGAUCCUCUCAGUCGGAAACCACAGGUGCAAAGUGAAACUAACGGACAGAGGAGUAGGAAACGGAAAGGGGACCCUUUACAGCAAGAAAUUGACGAGGUGUCGCAACGUUUAGCGAAGCACAAGCCCCUCGAUGAAGAUGAAUAUUUUGCCCUGUCUCUUGUCCCAACCAUGAGGGAAUUUCUGAAGCACAAAAGACUAAGGAUGCGAAUUGAGGUGCUAGAGCUCCUGGAAUCACUGAAGCAAGCUUGCUAGCUUGAGUGAUUUAAGUAUUCAGAACGAGACAAGCACUAAGAAAU